AUGAACGGAAGGCUACCAUCCCCUCCACCACCCCCUCCAGACUCGAUGGACCCCCCUCCCCCUCCAGACUCGGACGCACCACCCCCGCCCAGCGAUCUCCCCCCUCCGCCGCCCUCGGAACUGUUACCCCCGCCCCCAGAAGAGCCGCCAAAGAAGAAGAAAGGAUGGGGCGCAUCGCGGGACCGAGGACCGCUCAGCAUCGAGGACAUUCUUAAGAAGAAGAAAGAUGCCGACGAAGCCGCAGCAAAGGUACGCUACCGCUCCCAUACUGUUCCCUCUGGUAGCGAUGUUCACAAAGCAUGUCUAGUUCACUGUGGCGCAACACGUACUGACCGUGUGAUUCUACAGCCCAAAUUCCUGUCCAAGGCCGAACGCGAGAAAAUCGCUCUGGAGAAGAGGGAGAAGGAAGUCGAGGAGGCGAGGCGCAAGAAGGGGGCUGAGGCUCGCGGGGUUAUGUUCGUGGAGAGUGGCCCCGCGCAGAGAAAUGGGAGGGACUCUGCAGAGUACGCGGCGAAUGGCCGGGAUAGGUCGUCAGUCCCUACGGGCCCUCGGGCGAUGCGCUAUGAAGAUCCGCCUUCUGGGCCGUUUGCUGGACGGAACAACCAUUCGGGGAGGGCGGCUGGGGGAGAGCGACAGAGUGGCGAUAGAGGGGGCGGGCAUAACGCGCCUACGAAGGCUGCGCCUGUUGUUAAGAAUGUUCAUCUGGCUGGAGAAAAGCGACCUGCGAAUGGAGAGAGUACACAGGCUGCUCUUAUUCGGACGCGGUACAUGGGUGCUGAGACCAACUUGUCGACGUUCUCUGCGAACAAGAAGAGGAGGCGAACGACCGAGAAGAAGUUCAAUUUUGAGUGGAAUGCAGAGGAAGAUACGAGUCCGGACUACAAUCCCAUUUACUCGACGCGCUCGGAGGCGAACUUCUUUGGCCGAGGACGUCUGGGUGGAUUUGCGGAAGAUAUUAACGAGAGCGGCGUGAUCAAGUAUGCCAAGGCAUUGGAGGCACGAGAUGCGGAGGCAGGAACCGCGCGUGCGAGGGAGAUUAUGGAGAUGGAGAGACGCCGAAAGGAAGACGCCGGUGGACGUAACUCCCUGGAGAAGCAUUGGAGCGAGAAGAAACUGGAGCACAUGCGGGAGAGGGAUUGGCGGAUCUUCAAGGAAGAUUUCAACAUCAGCACGAAAGGUGGAAGCAUACCCAAUCCGAUGCGGAACUGGGGGGAAUCAGGACUGCCCAAACGCCUUCUUGACGUUGUCGCUCAAGUUGGGUAUGACCAGCCGUCUGCGGUCCAGAGAGCUGCUAUACCCAUCGCUUUACAGAACAGAGAUUUGAUUGGUGUUGCAGUGACGGGAUCCGGAAAGACUGCUGCGUUCCUGCUGCCGCUGCUGGUUUACAUCUCGGAACUUCCUCAGUUGAACGACCUGACUAAGAACGACGGUCCUUACGCUAUCAUUCUUGCGCCAACUCGUGAGUUGGCUCAACAGAUUGAGACGGAGGCGAAGAAGUUUGCAACCCCGCUUGGCUUUACUUGCGUUAGCAUUGUCGGUGGACACGCCCUCGAGGAGCAAUCUUACAACUUGCGGAACGGUGCAGAGAUUGUCAUUGCAACCCCAGGUCGUCUGGUGGAUUGUAUUGAGCGACGUGUCUUGGUUCUGGGCCAAUGCUGCUACAUCAUCAUGGACGAAGCUGAUCGCAUGAUCGAUCUUGGUUUCGAGGAUUCCGUUAACAAGAUCCUCGAUGCUCUGCCCGUGUCCAACGAGAAGCCUGACACUGAAGAUGCCGAGGACGCCCAAGCUAUGAGCCAGCACAUCGGAGGAAAGGACAGGUACAGACAGACAAUGAUGUACACCGCCACCAUGCCGUCUGCGGUUGAAAAGAUUGCCAAGAAGUACCUGAGGAGACCGGCCAUCGUCACGAUUGGGAACAUAGGAGAAGCCGUCGAGACGGUCGAGCAGCGCGUCGAGUUCGUAUCCGGCGAAGACAAGCGGAAGAAGCGCCUCAACGAGAUUCUCGCGUCGGGAGAAUUCCGACCCCCCAUCAUCGUGUUCGUCAACAUCAAGCGAAACUGUGAUGCCGUGGCACGUGAUAUCAAACACAUGGGAUUCUCGUCCGUCACCCUGCACGGUAGCAAGACCCAGGAGCAGCGCGAGGCUGCUCUGGCGUCUAUCCGCUCCGGGGCCACGAACGUGCUGGUUGCGACUGAUCUCGCGGGUCGUGGUAUCGAUGUCCCCGACGUCAGCCUCGUCGUCAACUUCAACAUGGCUACCAACAUCGAGAGCUACACCCAUCGAGUCGGACGUACCGGACGUGCCGGCAACAGCGGCGUGGCCAUCACCUUCCUCGGCAACGAGGACGCCGACGUCAUGUACGAUCUCAAGCAGAUGCUGACCAAGAGCUCCAUCUCGCGCGUCCCGGAAGAGUUGCGCAAGCACGAGGCGGCCCAGCAGAAGUCGACGCGGGGCGGAGGCGGCAGCCAGAAGAAGAUUGAGGAUAGCUCUUUUGGAGGGAAGGGGGCAGGUGGUUGGUAG